AAUUCAGCGUCUCACGGAACAUCACUCAUGUUACCACAAACUUAUCCACAUACCUCCGUAACUCGCCUACGACGCUAUCAUGAUGCGUCCCCGGCGGUUCGUGUCGUCGUCUCCACGACUGAAUGGACUGUCUAAUCUCGUCUCCGGCCACGGUUACAGUAGAACAGGUGCCACAAACGACGAGACGGUUCCUCUUAUUAACCUACACCGAGAGGCAAGCCGACCUCUACCCCGCCGACAGCGCGCUCGCCGCGUGCGUAUUCAAGGUCGACUGGCGGUCGUACAGACAGUAUCGGUAACAAAGUCCAGGCAGGUGAAAAACGGCACUUCGAUCACCCGUACAGAUGUGCAUUGCAAAUAUGUACGUGUCAUUCAAAAGAGACGAAAAACCUCGUAUGACGGUGGCAACAUCGAAGAAUACGACCACGACGAUGGCUAUACUGUAGAGGACGAUAGACAGUUUCGCGGCUAUGGGAUUGGCGGUGCAGGAAACAUACGUCGGCCAACGGAUAUUAUAGGCACAUCGUCACGUUCGACUACUAGCGCCAUGAACACGAAGCUUAGCAAAUUGAAGUUGCGGAUGUCUAGACUACUACAUAGCCUUAGAGGAUACAGAAAGAGCAAGGGCUCAACUGGGAGUUUCUAAGACAAAGUUUAAAGUAUUUUGAAGAGAGAGAAAAGUGUGGCAACGACUCUAGAGGGGUAGCUAUUAUGCGAUUUUUCAACUUAGAGCAGAGCAACGCCGCGAGGCGACAGA